AUGGUGGGAGCGGAGCAGGUGUUACCUGGGGCGGGCGGGUGGGCGGGGCAGGUGUUUGUGCUGCAUAAUGUGUUCGUGGACCCGUGGGGGUUGGUGUUCAACGCCUCCCAUGUCUUCCGCGCAGGCGGGUGCUGCCCCCACUUGCGCCGCCAGAAGUACCUGCACUCGCUGGCGCUGCACAUUCUAGGCGGGGACCCGUCGCGCCGAGCGCUGGUCCUACAGGAGGAGGCGCAGCACCUCAUCUUCGUGGAGCGCCUCGUGCAGCCCUUCUUCCAACACUGCUCCCGCCCCAGCCCCGCUCUCUGGCGCUCCCUCCGCUCCUCCCACCUCCUCCCCCCUGCUGGGCUCCCUGUUUUCGACAAGAACUGGCGCAGACGGGAAGUGGCUCCUGUGCCUGCUACAGUUGAGGACGCAGUGGCGGCAGCAGCAGCAGCAGCAGAAGCGGGAGGGGUAGGAACAGGGGCAGCGGCAGCAGAGGUAGAAUCCAUUCCGAUUCCGAAGAAGGAUUGGGUGGUGAUUAACGCACAGCCGCCGGGGGUGUUGGAGUUAGAACGAGCGGCUGAGCAUGAAGCUGCCCUGAAAGACAAUUUCUGGUUCGGGCGGAUACAGCAGCAUCUGGCAGGCGAGGGCUUUGAGCCCGCCAAGAAACUUUUCUCCCGGGCAGCUUUGCUGGUGACCACGCCGGGCGAGGCGCUCCUGAACAUGAUUUUCAUGCCGCCCGGCGCUACAGUGUUUGAGUACCAGCCGCGGGAAUCCGCCACAAAUGCCCACUGUGCUUUCGCUCACGUACUCGGUCUCAAAUACGCGUCUUAUAUCUGCAAACGAACCAGGAGAGCUCUUGACGAGGAUGACCCAGUAACCCUCUACUGCCAUCCCAUGACAGUCCGACGUUUCUUCACACACAUUGAAUCAGUUGUCUUCCACAGUCCGGUGCUUCCUGGGGGAGGGUCUUCCCGAGCGCUGCUUAACCGAGACUUCAUCCCCGGCUCACUGCUGCAAAGCGCGGUUCAAGUGAGGAGGUGGGCAGCGUGUGUGGGGAGGCGAGGCACGUGGGUGGAGAACCCUACUCCCCGCUACUUGCCUUGGGACUUCCGAGGGUACAGUAACCCAUGCGAUGUGAGGAGUCAGGUCGAGGGGCGAGGACACCUGACUGGGAAUGCUGCAGAUGCGAUCGCAGCAGAGGGGGCUUGUGGUGGUUUUGGGGGCGAGAAGGGGGGAGCCGCAGCAGGAGGAGGAGGAGGAGGAGGAGGAGGAGGAGGAGGAGGAGGAGGAGGAGGAGGAGGAGGAGGAGGAGGAGGAGGAGGAGGAGGAGGAGGAGGAGGAGGAGGAGGAGGGAAGGAGCAGAUGAGGAGAAGGAGGCUGAGAGCAGUAGAGUCUGUCCCUGUUGUCAGAAACCAACGACGACAGCUGAAAAAGACAGCCUGGCUUCCAUUCAACUCAUCGGCCUUCUGCGAGCGGGUGCUGAAGAACCGGCGCAUGCUGGUGGUGGGGGACUCGAAGCAGCACCAGCUGACCAUUUCUCUCAUGAAUGCGCUUGCCACAGGCGUGCGCAAGCCCGCAUGGGGCCUCAUUCAGGAGAUAAAGGCUCCCAAGGGGUGCGCUGCUGCUCUUGAUAAUGACCCCACUCGCUUCCAGCACGACUUUUGUAACAGGUGA